ACCGCAAACAUCUGUCAAGUGCGGGUGUUGUCUGACGUGCAGAUGCGUUUAUAGACAAAGGUUUUUUUUUUAAUUAUUUACAUAAAUAUUUGUUAAAAGGCGAUGCAGAAAAGGUAAUAGUUUAUAAUAGUGGGUUAAAAGAAAAAACGGUGAAAAAUGGCAUCGUUAUCCUUGCCGAGGGUAUUACAUCCCCGAAAAACCAGUCUGGACAUCGAACGUGAAAAUUUCGAAAAAUCUCAGCAUGUGGCGAUAACUAAGGCUGUUAAUCCUCUUGAAGUGCCAGUUAAACAAAAACAUGUCCGUUCAGCAAUUAUCGGAACGUUCCAACAGCAAGGAGCUCAAAUUUUUUGGACGAUCGCCCUUAGAUUACCGACGAUGGAUGAUAGAAUUGUUGCGUGGAAGUUUUGUCAUGUUCUGCACAAAGUUUUAAGGGAGGGACAUCCACUUUGUCUGGUACAAAGUCAAAGACAUAAAAGCGAUUUGGACGAGUUGGGGAAAUUAUGGGGUCACUUAAGAGAGGGUUAUGGUAAACUUAUAAGACUGUAUACUUUAUUGUUAAUGACAAAAUUGGAGUUUCAUAAAAGAAAUCCAAGAUUUCCAGGACAUUUAGGUGUUUCGAAAGAGGAAUUGGAAUCAAUUGGAGCUAAUGAUAUUAAUAAUUAUUUUGAAAUGAGUGUUGAAAUGUUUGAUUAUAUGGAUGGUAUUCUAGAUUUGCAAUCAGCGAUUUUUGGGUCUUUGGAUAUGUCGCGUUCCAAUUCAAUGACCAGUGCUGGACAGUGUCGUUUGGCGCCGUUGAUUCCAUGCAUACAAGAUGCCUCCAAGUUAUACGAUUAUUGCGUUAAAAUUUUAUUUAAGUUGCAUUCGUCGUUACCGCCCGAUACUUUACAGGGACAUAGAGAUAGGUUUUCAAAACAGUUUAAGGAGCUCAAACAAUUUUACCAAAAUACCAACGCGUUACAGUAUUUUAAGGAUUUAAUUACCGUUCCACCUUUACCAGAGAACCCACCAAAUUUCUUAAUCCAAGCCAAUCUGCAUAGUUACGUCACUCAGGAAGUUGUAGUUCCUCAAGAACAAGAAGAAGAAACUGUCUCAGAAGGCACCCUUAUCGAUACAACCGAUUUAGCAGCAACAGAACCAAGUACAACCAGUGUUUGUCAGAGUCACUUAGAAUUACUUGCCGAAAGAGACAAAUUAAUAAAGCAUUUACAAACCGAAAUUGAGCGUUUAAGAAAUGAAGUUACCAAAGUCGUUGUUACAAAAGAUAAAGAUAUAAAUACACUUCAAGAUCAAAUAACGACAUUAGAAACGGAAUUAGCUACUAAAGAUAGUGAAUUAGUACAAGAACGUCAAAUAAAAGAAGAUUUAUUUCAUCAAGCUUCUGCUGUCGCUCAAUCACAAGAUUCCGAACAAAAAGCUAAAGACGAAAAGUUUAAUAAAGUUAAAGAUUUAUACGUUAAAUUAAGAGAAGAUCAUAUUCAAUUAUUGCGUCAAAAGGCUGAGGUUGAGAAAAAGGUAAACGCGGGCGUUCGUAGAGAAAAGGAAUUAGAACACAAUAAUUCGCAAUUGCAAGAAAAAUUACAAGAAAUAAAUCUAGAACAUACGAAACAAGAAGCUGAAAUUCAACAAUCCUCUCAAAUUUACAAGCAGGAGGUUGAUAUGUUGAAGCAGGAUAAAGAUUUUUUAUCGGCUGAAAUGGAAGUUUUACAACAAAAUUAUGAGUCAUCCAUUUUAGAGAAAAAUUCCAUUAACGAUUCUCUUCAAACGAUUAUUUCCGAAAAAGAAAUUUUAGAUAAUAAAUUAAGUGAAAUGAUUACGAAAUCGAACGAUCUUGAACAGUCAAUAACUUUAAUGAAAAUAACUAAACAGAAAGAUAUUAUUAGUAUUAUUUCAGAAUCGGUUAUUGAAAGUAAAUUAAUUAUUGAACACGCAAUUUCGGAAGUUGAUAAUCCAGCUUUGGCGGCCGUUAAUUGUUCACCAGAUUAUUUCCGAAGUUUAACAGACGGUUGUUCAGAGUCAUUAGAAGCCGCUCUUUUAGUUAAUCAUGACAGUCCAUCUGAAGUUAUUAAAGUUGCGUCGAGAAUAUCUCAUCGCCUCGCCGUUUUUCUUCUGCAAGGACGGGCAACUUCAAAUUCAAGUCCCGACAUUAUGUUUGGAGAGAAGAUGGCAGAUGAAUGUAAAAAAUUAGGGGAUUUUAUCUUAAAAGUGCUGGAUUGCUUGCAACAAAACACCCCCAUUGUAACAGAUUUAAAUAAUGCUCAGGUUCAAUUAAAAGAAGUAUCUUUAUUGGCAGAAACAAUCAGUGGAUCAUUAAGUGGAUUAAAUUCUGAUAAUUUAUCGGAUAUGUUAGAAGAUGAAAUGGUUGUUAUGGACAAAGCAAUUGAAGAGGCUGCCAAUAAGAUACAGGAAAUGUUAAAUAAAUCAAGAGAAGCCGAUUCAGGUUUAAAAUUGGAAGUAAAUGAAAAAAUAUUGGAUUCUUGUACAACUCUUAUGAUUGCGAUUAAAGUGUUGAUUCAAAAGUCGAGACUUCUCCAAGCGGAAAUUGUAGUUCAAGGAAAAGGAACCGCAAGCGCUAAAGAAUUUUAUAAAAGAAAUCAUCAAUGGACAGAUGGGUUUAUUUCAGCAGCAAAGGCGGUUGCUGUUGCAGCUACGUUUUUAUUAGGUGCUGCUGAUAAAGUAGUUAGUGGUCAAGGAAAGCUUGAACAAUUAGUCGUUGGUGCGCAAGAAAUAGCUGCAUCAACAGCUCAACUAGUUGUCGCAAGUCGCGUUAAAGCUGAACGUAAAAGUUCUAAUCUUGAACAGUUAACACAAGCUUCUAAAGGAGUUACCACAGCAACUGGAGCGGUUGUAGCUACAGUGAAGGUUUGUAGCCAAUUAAUGGAAGACGAAGUGUUAGAUACAUCGAAAUUGACACUACAUCAAGCAAAACGGCUUGAAAUGGAAGCGCAAGUUAGAGUUUUAGAAUUGGAAAAGGAAUUGGAACAAGAACGGGUUCGUUUGAGUGCAUUGAGGAAGCAUCAUUAUCAAAUGGCUAAAGAUGAUGAAGGAUGGGUAUGCUUAAGUUAGGCUACAAGUAUUUUAAAAUUGGCUAAUGUUCAUGUUUUCUUAUAGGAUGUAAAGUAAAAGUAAUGAUGAAAUUGUUUUUUUCUAGGUUUAAGUAACCCAAAGAUAAAAAUAUGUAUUUAUGUAAUGUUGAUUACUAACUAGUUAAUCUUC